AGGGGAAGUAGCAAACCCAGGCUAUGGGGGUGGGGAUGGGGGAAGAUGCUGAAAAGGUGGGUAUGGUGCGAAAAGGUAGAUCCGACGGAAAAGGUACAUGGUGCGGGUCCGAGCCGUGGUGAUGGCCCGAGAUGACUCCAGUGGGGGCUGGCUGCCUGUGGGGGGCGGGGGCCUCAGCCAGGUGAGCGUAUGUCGGGUCCGAGGGGCCAGGCCCGAGGGGGGGGCCCGCCAGGGGCACUACGUCAUCCACGGGGAGCGGCUUCGGGACCAGAAAACCACCUUGGAGUGUACCCUGAGGCCAGGUUUGGUUUACAACAAAGUGAACCCUAUCUUCCACCACUGGAGCCUGGGUGACUGCAAGUUUGGGCUGACGUUUCAGAGUCCCGCAGAGGCUGAUGAGUUCCAGAAGAGUCUGCUAGCCGCACUGGCCGCACUCAGCCGAGGCUCGCUCACUCCCUCCUCUUCCUCUUCCUCCUCCUCCCCUUCCCAGGACACUGCAGAGACCCCCUGCCCUCUGACGUCCCACGUGGACAGCGACUCCUCCUCCAGUCACAGCCGCCAGGAGACUCCUCCCACAGCUGUUGCAGCUCCCAUUGUCACAGUGGAGUCAACAUCUGCCUUCCCACCAGCCACACCCCCACAACGGCGACGCUCCUCUGCUCAGAGCUACCCUCCGCUUCUACCGUUCACUGGGAUUCCAGAACCCUCAGAGUCUCUAGCCGGGGCAGGGAGCCAGGGCUGGGGCGGCCGUGGCUAUGAGGACUACCGGCGAUCCGGACUACCGGCACCUCUUCCCCUGUCUACCUGCGUCGUGGGCUUCGCCAAGACUGGUGCAUUGAGGGGUGCAGCUCUGGGUCCCCCAGUGUCACUCCCUGCCCCUCUCGCUGAGGCUACACCCCCAGCACCCCCUGCUCGUCCACCCCCGGGUCCGGGCCCCACUCCUGCUCCAGCCAAGGCCUCCCCGGAGGCCGAGGAGGCUGCACGCUGUGUGCACUGCAGAGCACUCUUCCGCCGCCGUGCGGAUGGGCGUGGUGGUCGCUGCGCAGAGGCCCCAGACCCAGGUCGCCUGCUAGUGCGCAGGCUCAGCUGCCUGUGGUGUGCCGAGAGCUUGCUGUACCACUGUCUGUCGGACGCCGAGGGUGACUUCUCGGACCCAUGCGCUUGUGAGCCAGGCCACCCGCGCCCUGCUGCACGCUGGGCCGCUCUGGCUGCGCUGUCGCUGGCAGUGCCCUGCCUCUGCUGCUACGCACCUCUGCGCGCCUGUCACUGGGUUGCAGCACGGUGUGGCUGCGCAGGCUGUGGGGGUCGCCAUGAGGAGGCUGCACGGUGAGGAUCGUUGGGCUGGUUUGAAAAUCGGUCUGAAGACCUAAAAUGGAGGGUCCAGGACCCUGAACUCCGUACAAACCUAAAACCCAAACUUAGGUACGUCUGGAACUUGGAGCUUAAAUGGAUUUGAGAGAUCCCAGAUCUAGUACCUUGGACCCCAAACCUAGGACUAAGAUCUCAGACUCAGCUUCAUCAGGAUGCCUGUCAAGUGGACCCAGGAGUCCUGAAUUCUGGAUUCUCCCUCCCUCUUCCCCACUGAGGAGACUCAUGACAUCUCCAAACAUUGCAUCUCAGAAGGCCCAGGAGCUUACACCCCUGAGACCCAGGGAUCUUGGACCCUGACUCUCUGUCUAAAUACCCAACCCAGACUCCAAGUCAUACUUGACGUUGUAAACACUCAUACUACAGCUCCCAAAUUAGUCAGGAGUUGCUAAAACCUGACCCUUUAUCAAAUGACUUAGACCUUGAGACCAGAGGACCCAGGAUCACUAGAAAACAGUCCCUGAAUUUUCACUGGAGACCUGGUAUAUACCUACAUCUGGAUGUUCUUAUAGCCCAGGACCUGGAAACACCAAAUCCUCCCGGGUUAGAGACACCAGGAUGGUUUGGAAUCACCAGAUGCUGACCUGAAGUCUACUCACUCCUGAGAGUCCACAGAUCUUACCAUCAGUUCAUGUACAAGUGAUUCACAGAUUCCCGCAGGCCCCAAAAUGCACCAAAAGUCCUCAGAUAUCCUCAAACAUGAGGUGUUUUCUGACCAAAAUAAUUUGGGAGGCCCUUUUCAGAGCUCAGCAAGGUCCAGAUAUCAGACAUCAAGAUGCCCUGGAAGCCAGGGCCCGAACACCUGCCCCUCAAGUCAGCAGUUUUGGAGAACUUGGGUCUCACGGAUGGUCUCUGAGGUGCCUGUUACCCUCAGAUGUAUGCCUGAAGGCCACCAGCACUUUGGGCCCAGUGCACUGGUCUCAAGUGCUUAGAUAGCCUUCCAGUUUCCCUGGGGCCUGAAUUUUAAGAACCCAAAUGUUCUGGAAACAUUAGCUUCCUUCUACCUACGUUCCCCAACCAACAGCUGGGUAGGAUCUCCUGGAUCUCAGGAGAUGCAGUGGCCAUGGUAAUCCAGGCCUCUCAUCCCUUGACUCUCAGCUCUAUAGCAACUCCAAGGUGCUUUAAGAGCACCGGGUCUAAGACUCUGAGAUACCAACCGACCCCUGUGUGCAGGAUUCAAGCCCCCACAAUCUUGAGAUUGUUUUGGCCUGAGACCUUGGUCCCUCUGUACCAGAGAUGUUAGAGACAAGAUGGCCCAGGGCCUUGGCAUCUUUACACUCCCGAGUUUCUUGAACUCAAAGUACUUCUAGACUGAUGAAGCCCCCAGAUACCUCAUCACCUGAUCCCCCCGAGUCCUGCCAUCCAGAGAUUCCUGAGACUGCAAAGUCCCAGCAACAUCCAGACAUCCUCUUUAUCCUGGGAAAACACUUGCACCAGUGUGAAUUCAGAUUGCUGGAAUCCUGGACCACCCAGCAGUUUCCCUCUCCCACCUCUAGGGCCUGGCGUUGCCACAGACGAUUGUACAAGCUCUCAGCUAAGCAGAGACAGGCAGCUGCAGGGGUCAAGCAGGGACAGCAGAGGAAGGCCUACCCUUCUCUACUGUGCAAAACUGUACCUUUUGGGCUGGCUAUGGCUCCACAGAAGCCCCCAUCAUCCCUAACCCUUGCAGAUCACUCCUGCCAUCAACCCCUAGUUCAUUCAGGUCCAUCUCCUGUUAGCCUCCUCCAUCUCGGUUGGGAGUUGCUUUGGGAAGCUCGGCACUGUGUAAUGGCACUUCCCCAUGCUUUCCUUCUGAAGAAGAGGGGUGCCACAGCCUCUCUUCCCUAACAAUGGGGUGUCCACUGUGCCUAGGAACUGGUGUCCUGGAUAGGGGAACCAAGGUCUCAGAGCCAAGACAGUCUUGAUGGUUUAUGGGCUUAGGACCUACAUCUGGCCCGAAGUUACUAGGAAUGUGCACUUAACCAUUCCUCAUUACCUAGACUUGGGUGGCCUUGUGGGGAUUCAAGGGAUUAAUAUUUGUGUCACUUCCUUUAAAUUAUUAACUAUUUAUUGUAUCCGGAACCUGUGAUUCAGCUCUCCCAACCAGACCCUGGGAUGGGUGAGAGAAAAUGGGGAGGGGGGUGUCCCUCCCAUCCCCACUCUGUUCGGCUGUCAUCACUGUCAGACCCACCAGAGCUGAGGGCGGAGGAACUGGGGGCUGGGGCAGCCUGGGUCCCCAUCCCCCUCUCUGUGCCUCGGUCUCCCCCCUUCCAUGGUGAGUGGGGGGAAGCUCCAUUCUUAACCUACCUCGUUUGGGAAGGGGUGGGAUGGGGGACCAGAGUGCUGUAUGGUGCUGUGAGAUCUUCGGAUUAAGCAGUGGGGACUGGGGAAGGUUCCCUAGUCCCCAUCUCCCAGUACCCCCUCUCCCAGGUCCCCAGCCCUGUUCCCUGCUGACACCCACCUCUGAUCCAUGAUUACCUUUCACUGCCCCCAUAUCUGGGGUGUGUGGAGGGCUGAACCCUGGGAGCCAGGAAGACCUCAGACCCUGGAGCCCCCAAUUUUCCAGCUGCUUGCCCCUCAGAUUGGAUGCUUGCCCCCCAGAUUUUGGGGGAGGCAUGCCAACAUUAAUCUUCCUGAUCGUGAUUCCAAGCCAGUCUGUGACCUCAAUAUUGUUAGUGUCAGUGCAGGCUGAAGCGGAGGGAGGAUGGGGGGCCAAAGACCCAGUCUUGUCAUUGGGGGAGAGGGGCUUGAAAUCUGCUCCAAGAAAUGUCUGUGACAGUGUCUAA